AUGCAUCAAAUCCGUAUAAAUCUUCGUCGUCACCCUAAGUGCAAAAAUUUGCGUGAAUGGCGUCAUGGGAGAGGGUCUAUUAAAGUUGACCCAUUUACAUCAAUCUCUUCCAUUGAAAGAUAUUUGCUUGAGCGUGGUAUUGGCAAUAUUAAUGCACAACAGAGUGGGCAACAACCACAAAGUGAUGAUGGUGAUGACGAUUCUGAAAUUAGCGAGGAGGAUCAGGAUAUGAGUUUUUCGUCUGCUCUUUCAAAUGAAGGUCGACUUGAACUCUUUAUUGGUGAAAAUUUGCUUCCAAAUGACAUCUCCAUACUUCAGGCAAUUCGUCAAUAUACACUUCCUCGUGAUGAUGAUACUGUCGAGACGAUUCCUUCAAGUAUUUGGCUUACAACUCAUACAAUUUACUAUAACAGGUUAAUAGUGAACAAAUGCUUCCAAACAUUUUCUUUUAGCAUUCUAAAUGAAAGUAAUGCUGGUGAGGCUGCAACUGGCGGUACUACUUCAAAAAUUACGGGGAAUCAAUCUAGCGAGCCUUCUCAAUCUAAAACUGUUGAAGAGGCGUCAAGUGCGUCUACGCGUACUCGAAAUAAGUUGGUCCCACGUGCUGUUGGAUCCAUUAAAAAGACGGAAAAGCCUGCAUCCUCAAGUUCCGCACCUCCAAACCUCAAGGAGUCGCAAGUUUACAAAAAUUGUAACCGACCUCCUCGCGAAUCGCCUUUGGAUCUCUAUCUUCGUACUGAUCUUCAACCAAAGCUUAAUGAUCCGUCCACGUCCUGCCUUAUUUUGAUGAAAAUUCUUUAUGGGUUAAACUCUUUCUGGUGGGAGCUAUUUGAGACUCAUUCUAAUGGAAAACGAAAUCUUCCAAUUUCUCAUACUCCUUUGAUUUUGGCUCGAUCUUUUUUCAACUCCAAGCUUAACUCUAAAGUUAGUCGUCAACUUUCAGACUUUCUUACCGUUGCCACUCAACAAGUGCCAAAAUGGACAAUUGACUUAAUGAAUAAUUUUCCUUUCAUCUUCUCUUUCUCCACCCGCCGUUCUUUCUUAUUUUGUACUUCCUUUGGACGUGAUCGCGCAUUAAUGCAUCUUGUCAGUGAAGUUAAUAAUGAUGAUGGUCACGAGGGUGCUUCACAUGAUACAAAUUCGCGAUUAAUUCCUCGUUUAGAGCGCCGCAAAGUUUCUAUUAAACGGAAUGAUGUACUUAAGGAUGCGCAGCAAAUUCUUACACAAAUGAGCACUAGUAAGGCAAUGCUCGAAGUUGGAUUUGAAGGAGAAGUCGGAACUGGAUUUGGUCCUACACUUGAAUUCUAUUCAACUUUAAGCCGUGCGCUGCAAAAGAGUUCACUUGGCCUCUGGGAUGGUACAGUGCGCACUUGCCCUGAAGAAGAGAAAGAUGGUGAAUUAAUUCAUUUUAAAAAAUUACCCAUUUUAGGUUCUGGUGAUGACGAUUAUAUUUUUGCCGCCAAUGGUCUAUAUCCAAAAAUGUUAACGCGCCCAUUAAGCUCAAAGCAGAAUGAAUUACGUUUGAAACGAUUUGAGUUUAUUGGUCGUCUUCUUGGUCAAGCUCUUAUUGACAGUCGAAUGUUGGAUUUACCACUCUCUCCAGCUUUUUUCAAGUGGUUGAUUGGUGAGGAGGAAUCUCUCGGGACCGAAGACUUUGAGAAACUUGAGCCGACAAUCUUCCGCUCGUUACGUGAUAUAUUGCAGACAGAGGAAGAGAAAGAUUUUGAGAGCUUAGAUGUGUAUUUUAUCUAUCCUGGCGAACCAUCUAUGGAAUUGUGCAAAGGUGGAAAGAAUUUGGCUGUCUCAAAAGACAAUUGCAAACAAUUUUUAGAGGGUGUUCGUUCUGAAAUGGAGGCUGUUCGUCGAGGAUUUCGCUUAGUAAUUAAUAAAGAUUCGUUGCGCAUUUUCUCUUCAGAUGAGAUGGAGUUGCUAUUUUGCGGAAGUGCAGAGAAUGAUGAAAGGAUUUGGACUAACUCUGCACUCCAACAUGCUUUACGUCCGGACCAUGGCUACAAUUAUGAUUCGGCACAAAUUAAGUGGCUAAUUACGAUGUUGUGUUCGUAUAAACAUGAUAAGCGCCGACGUUUCUUGCAAUUUGUCACUGGCUCUCCAAGGUUGCCUAUCGGCGGAUUUCGUGGUUUAAAUCCUCCACUUACUGUUGUUAAAAAGACAGCUACCUGUGUGAAAAAUGAGGAGGAACUACCAUCUGCAAUGACUUGCUAUAAUUACUUGAAAAUUCCGCCAUAUGAAACUUACGAGACAUUUGUGUCAAGAUUUGACAUCGCUCUUCAACAUGUCUAUAGCUUCUAUCUUACUUAA